UUUGUAGUCCUGACGAUCAAUAACACUGAUACCAGGGACCACGAUUCUUGUUAAGUCCUUUUUGUAGCUAAAACAUUUAGUAAACUACUAACUUGUAAAACAAACUUUUAGUUUUAACAAAAACAACGAACCGCGUAUAAACAACAAGUGACGCUUCGUGUUGAGUUCAAAUUCAAGCUCAAAAUUCAGGAAAAUACGCAUGCUAUCGACAAAACUUCAGCAGAUUAUUGAGAAAUGUCUGAGUCGCCACCUGACAGCCGGGCCAAGACGCUAAACUUUAAUGUCGGGGUGCUUGGACAUGUCGACAGCGGCAAGACGUCGCUCGCCAGAGCACUGAGCAGCACAGCCUCCACGGCGGCCUUUGACAAGAACCCGCAGUCCCGAGAGAGGGGCAUCACUCUGGACCUCGGCUUCUCAUCGUUCACGGUGGAUUUUCCUGAACAUCUGCGGGAAAGCGGAGGGCAGCAGCCGUAUGACAGCCUUCAGUUCACCCUGGUGGAUUGUCCGGGUCACGCUUCUCUCAUUCGGACUAUCAUAGGAGGUGCUCAGAUUAUUGAUCUGAUGAUCCUGGUGGUGGACGUGGUCAAAGGCAUCCAGACUCAGACUGCAGAGUGUCUACUGAUAGGAGAGUUGACCUGUCCUCGCAUGGUCGUCGUCUUGAAUAAGACUGAUCUGCUGCCAUCUAACAAGAGACAAAGUGCCAUAGAGAAAAUGACCAAGAGACUGCACAAAACACUGGAGAACACCAGAUUUAAGGAUUGUCCAGUGAUUGCUGUGGCAGCGAAGCCCGGGGGUCCAGACGCCGCUGACACAGAGGAGCCACAGGGAGUGCCAGACUUAAUGGAGCUUUUAAAGAAACAGACCUACCUCCCCAAGAGAGACCCUAAAGGUGACCUGCUCAUGGCCGUGGACCACUGCUUCUCCAUCCGCGGCCAGGGAACAGUCCUGACCGGCACCAUCUUACAGGGGUCACUGGCCGUUAAUGACACAGUGGAAAUUCCAGUGUUAAAGGUGACCAAGAAAAUAAAGUCUGUGCAGAUGUUUCGGAAGCCGGUGUCGGGGGCCAUGCAGGGGGACCGUGUGGGGGUCUGCGUCACACAGUUUGACCCCAAACUGUUGGAGCGGGGUUUGGUGUGCACUCCAGGCUCUCUGCACACCCUCUAUUCGGCCGUCAUCUCUGUGAGGAAGAUCGGCUACUUUAAAGGCUCUCUCUCCACCCGUGCUAAGUUCCACAUCACGGUGGGCCACGAGACAGUCAUGGGGAAGGUGACCUUCUUCGGCCUGCCCCCCUCGGACUCGAAACCGGCUCCGUCAGAGCUGUGUUCGCUGGAAACACCCUUCUCUUUUGAUAGGGAGUAUUAUUUCCAGGAUGAGUAUGUUUGUGGUCGGAGAGAAGGGAGCUCAGGACCUGACCCGGAGCAGUGGGCCUUAUUAGAGUUUGAGCGGCCGGUCACAUGUCCUGCCCUCUGUCUGGUAAUCGGCUCCAAACUUGACACAGAUAUCCACGCCAACAUGUGUCGGCUGGCCUUCCAAGGCCGCCUGCUGCACGGGUUUGAAGACAAAAGCUACGUGGAGACGUCUCUGCCUCUUCUGCGCAUCUACAAGAUCAAACACAAGGAGGGACAGGUGGAAAGGGUGACGGACGAUUACUCUCUGAUCGGCCGCAGCCUGUUCAAAAAGGAGACCAACCUCCAGCUCUUUGUGGGGUUAAAGGUCAUGCUGUCCACAGGCGAGAGUGGUGUCAUCGAAGGCGGCUUUGGGCAGAGCGGCAAGUUCAAGAUCCGCAUACAAGAGGGUCUUCUCCCAGAGACCAAGCAGCUGUUAUCGUCCACAUCCAAGAAGAAAGGCAAGAGUGGGAGCAAAGAAGCAGCGGCAGCCGAAGAGAAGCCCAGAACAGACUCCCAACCCAUUAGCAUUCACCUGCAUUUCAAACGCUACGUGUUUGAUCCUCAUAAAAAGAUGGUUCAGUCUUGACCUCUGUUCACCUCUCUGACUGGUGCUACAGUGGCAGUUAGCUGCACUAAUGGCAGCAUCAGAGGUCUCUGGUGAAGUAUCGAGAUGGCGACCGCCUGCUUGAAUGAAAUAAUUGUUUUAUUAAGCUUUAAGAAGCUGGAUUUAACCCGGUUCGCUCCAUCCAAAUGGAUUUAAUUCUUUAAAUCUGAAAGUCUGUGAUUUUUUUUCUGAUGAGCCUAAAUUAGUUCUUCUGCCCAGCAACAAACUUUCUUUUAACUCCUGAGAUUAUUAUCAUCUCAGAAACGGAGCUCAGGUCUUCUCAAAUGUUUGGGCACUCUUCAUGACUGGUUUAUAUUCUUUUUGUUCCUACCUGGCUCAUUUUUCUGUUUCACAAUUUUUUUUUAUUUCUACAUAAUUAGUUUAAAUGUCAGAUAAAGAUUAAAUAUUGAAAUAUUUGCCCAGUUUGAACUGGUACUAAUGUCUGAAAGACAAAUAAAGUCCAUAUUCAGCUCUGA